AUGUCCAUCAAAACCCCCGCCGCCCCCUCCCCCGCCCCCGCCCCCUCCCAACCACAACCGACGUCGGAUCUUUCCUUCGUCUCCCCCGCCACGCAUGCCUCCCGGCCUCUCUACGUCACUCCCCGCCCAUGGUCCCAGCUCCUCGGCUUCUCCGCCUUCUCCCGCCCCCGCACCAAAACCGAUGCUAUGUUACGCGUCAGACGAAACUUUAGUUACUUCAAGUAUAACUACGUCUUGGUUUCCCUUGUGAUCAUCUUCAUUAUUCUCUUCUGGCAUCCCAUUGCCAUGAUCGUUUACAUGAUCGUCUUCAUUGCCUGGUACUCCCUCUACUUCGGUCGUGAUAGCCCCCCUGUCUUAUUUGACCAAACAUUGGAUGACGGAACGGUACUCUGUGGUCUGGGAUUAAUAACAGUUUUGGUACUUGUACUUGCUGGCGUCUGGCUGAAUUUGUUCGUGUCUUCCAUAGUGGCUAUUGUACUUGUUGGGUUGCAUGCGGUUUUUCGGGUCACGGAUGACUUAUUUCUUGAUGAGGAAACCGCUGCCGAAUGUGGCUUGCUUUCCGUUGUGGGAAGCCAACCCCUCACAACAACGUAUACCCGGAUUUGAGCGUAAUAGGAUUCGAGGUGUGUUCAGUUCUUUGUUUCUUAAUUUCCCUCUUUUUAUUGGUUUUAACGUUGCUGGUCCGAUGAAGAAUGUCGCCUUUUGAAAGGAGGUGGUGGAAACGUCGAUGACGAAGUCUGCUGACUUCCCGGACACAAACUGACUCUGACUUUUAUGCUAACAAUCUGCAAUUCGAUAGGCAACAAAAUUUUCAGCCUGACUUUUUGAGGAAGGGGCUUCAUUCGAUUGUCUAUUUUUUGGCUUUUUGCUAGUUCAGUAUCGUCGUCAUAUUUCAGUGUGAUAUUCAAAAUUGAUAUAAAGU